CUCCUGAGUGUCAUCGUCGAUGGGCUGUCAUAGAUGCAAAGAGGCCAGCUUGAUCCUACCUUCGCCCAUUGCCCAUACACUCAGGCGCGCUGGCACGCUGCUUGCUGGCAGCGGCGUAGUUUCAUCUCUGAAAACCUUCGCAGGGCGUGACUGCAAACUAUUUACACAGGACUGCACAAGAAGGACGAUGCUGUCGCUCAGGCACAUCCACAGAGCAGGCCUCCUUCAGGCCUUCUCUACAGCGUGCCGUCACAACAGCACGCUCGUCAUUGCUGACCACAGCGGGGGCCAGAUGCUGCCGUCGACAUUGAAUGCCAUAGCCGCGGCCAAAAAGAUCGGCGGUGAGGUCGCGUGCCUCGUCAUUGGAAAGGAUGUGUCUGGUGUUGCAGCUCAAGUUGGGAAAGCUGAAGGGCUUCAGAAACUCCUCUUGGCCGAUAACGCCGCCUUUGACGGCCUUUUACCAGAACGUCUCACACCUGUAGUGCUGGCCACAUGCAAACAGUUCAACUUUACCCACUUGAUCGGUGCAUCGACGGCAUUUUCAAAAGGUCUUCUGCCCAGGGUAGCCUCCAAACUCGAUGUGUCUCCUGUUUCCGAUGUGCUCGACAUCAAGUCCCCCGACACCUUUGUUCGUUCCAUCUAUGCAGGUAAUGCUAUUCAAACGAUCAAAGCUAAGGAUCCAGUGAAAGUUCUACUUGUUCGAGGGACCUGUUUUGACGCUGUUGGUGUUGGCGGCUCUGGUGUCUCGCCUGAAAACGCACCGACGGCCGAGUUUGACACCAGCAAGUCUUCUUUUGAGGGGCAGGAACUGAGCAAGAGUGAACGGCCAGAGCUGACCAGUGCCAAGAAGGUCAUCUCCGGAGGACGAGGCAUGAAGAGUGGAGAUAACUUCAAGAUGCUCUAUGAUCUUGCUGACAAAAUUGGAGCAGCUGUUGGUGCAUCUCGAGCUGCUGUGGAUGCUGGUUUUGUGCCAAAUGACCUGCAGGUUGGGCAGACGGGCAAGAUUGUCGCUCCGGAGCUCUAUGUGGCAGUGGGCAUCUCUGGUGCCAUUCAGCACCUUGCUGGCAUGAAGGACUCAAAGACCAUCGUAGCCAUCAACAAGGACCCCGAGGCGCCAAUCUUUCAAGUGGCCGACCUCGGCCUCGUAGCGGAUCUCUUCAAGGCUAUUCCGGAGAUGCUCAGCAAGAUAGACAACUACGUCACCAAGUGAUAAU